UGUGACUCAUCCAACCUCCCGUUCUGACACUCCACCACAGCAGGUGGCGCUCGUUUACUACAUUUACUGUCAUUCGUCCAACAAGCAAGCGACGCGAACGGAGGAGCUCAGAACUUCGCUACGGAAACUUAAGAAGCAGCCGACAGCAACCUGAAGAUGUCCUCGGGUGCUCUGUUCCCGAGCCUGGUGAGCGGCUCCAGAGGAAGCUCCAGCAAGUACCUGGUGGAGUUCCGAGCGGGCAAAAUGACUCUGCAGGGGAACGUGGUGACACCGGACAAGCGCAAGGGGACGGUGUACAUCCAGCAGUCGGACGACUCUCUCAUUCACUUCUGCUGGAAGGACCGGACCACUGGGAACGUCGACGACGACCUCAUCAUCUUCCCCGAUGACUGUGAAUUUAAAAAGGUGAACCAGUGCACGACUGGACGAGUGUUUGUGCUGAAGUUCAAGGCUGGGUCCAAGAGGCUCUUCUUCUGGAUGCAGGAGCCCAAGACUGACAAAGACGACGAGUACUGCCGCAAGGUCAACGAGUACCUCAACAACCCGCCCAUUCCGGGAGCGCCGGGCAGCGGGGGCGGCAGCGGUCACGAACUCUCUGCUCUCAGUGGAGAGGGGGGGCUGCAGAACCUGCUGGGGAACAUGAGUCACAACCAGCUGAUGCAGCUGAUCGGACCCACCGGUUUGGGAGGACUGGGUCUCGGAGCUCUGGCCGGACCAGGACUUGCCAACCUGCUGGGCAGCGGAGGCCCUGCCACCAGCAGUUCCUCCUCCAGCUCUCGCAGCCAGUCAGCUGCUGCGACACCUUCCUCAGGUGGCGCUCCCCGACUGAGCUCCUCACAGGCUCCCACCACUCCUGUGACCCCUGCGGCGACUGCCGUCUCCCCCACCAGUGUUGCUCCCACAACACCAGCUGCAGCUCAGGCUCCGCUGGUCCCAGCGUCUGUUGGAAGUCCCACCUCCCACCAGCCCAUCCAGCUCAGUGACCUCCAGAGCAUCCUGGCCACCAUGAACGUGCCGGCCUCCGCCCAGGGAUCCGCAGUUGACCUGGCGAGCGUCUGCACCCCUGAGAUGAUGGCUCCCAUCCUGGCCAACGCUGAAGUCCAGCAGAGGCUGCUGCCUUUCCUCCCCAGCGGAGAGAGUUUACCUCAGAGUGCCGAGGAGAUCCAGAACACCCUGAGCUCGCCUCAGUUCCAGCAGUCCAUGAGCAUGUUCAGCAGCGCCCUGGCCUCCGGGCAGCUGGGGCCCCUCAUGAGUCAGUUCGGCCUGCCUGCCGACGCCGUGGACGCCGCCAACAGAGGAGACGUGGAGGCCUUCGCCAAGGCCAUGCAGGGCAGCAAAGGAGACUCCAAGGACAAGAAGGACGACGACGAGGACAUGAGUCUGGAUUAGACGUCCCUCCUCCCUGUGGCCUCCCCUUUCUCUUUACUGUAUCUGCUGCAGUACCAGCGCUGACGUGUGUGGUCCUGCGAUGGCUGCCCAAAACAUUAGAAGCCGACGGUAGUUCUUUUUCAUGAAGCAGUGAGGACCGAGGCUUUUGUUGAGUUUUAAGAUGGCGUUUCUGCUCGUGACCGUCAUGCUUGAGUACACUUCCCCUUUCCCUGAAUAAAUACAAACUGAAACAGGUGGUAUGAAAAA